GACCCGGAAAUGACAGUUUAUGCUGCUGGCUUCACGUAGGUGAAAAUGAUUCUGACAACAACACUAUCGCGUGUCAAACUAGUUAGCUAGAUAUUUGGUUGAAAAGGAAUGAUUGUGUAACACUGGUAGAUAAAUUACAAUCAAAACACCGUUAGAUUGUCACAUCUGCGUAGAUUGUGGUUGCUAGCAAGAGCACCGACAGGGCAAGUACACUGUACUACUCUUGCAUCAACUCAACAGCGCCGUGGAGGACUAGCUCGCUGGCUUGCUAGCUACUGUUUCCUCCAGCGAAGUGGCUCCGAUGGCGAAAAACACUCUUUCGUCGCGAUUCAGGAAACUCGACAUAGAUGAAUUUGAUGAGAACAAAUUCGUGGAUGAUCACGAUGAGGCUGUCGACAAUCAAGGACCCGACGGCGCGGAGAUAGACAACCUCAUCAGGCAAGGCGACAUGAUGACAGCUUUUCACAUUGCUCUCCGGAACCCUCCUGUCAACACUAAGAAUCCAGCAAUAAAGGAAAGGGCUCUGGCAAUAGUGCUGAGAGUGUUGACGUCAUUCAAGUCCAGCGAUAUCGAGCCAGCUGUCAAGUCGCUAGACAGAAGCGGGGUGGACCUGCUUAUGAAGUACAUAUAUAGAGGCUUCGAGAAGCCCUCUGACAAUAGCAGUGCCAUUCUCCUACAGUGGCACGAAAAGGCUUUCGCAGUUGGGGGCUUAGGGUCAAUCGUAAGAGUUCUGACCGCCCGAAAGACAGUUUGAGGGGACGUGCUUUAUCACAUGGAGCAUCUCCUGCAUGACCACUGACAAGAGGAGUGACUGCCUUCUGUAUAAGGGAAAGUAGCUUAUUACCACAAUACAUUUCUUCCCGAGAAUAAAAACCCUUACACUACAUAAGUAAAGAC